CGUGCCGUAAGAUGGCUCUUGGACCUGAUGGCCUUCGCCAGAUUCGGCGAUUGCUGCUGACGGAUCCCGCUGCCGACAUGCCGUGACAGUUGGUUCGAGUGGCCACAGCAGACGAUUAGCUCGAAGAGCACCAGCGUUUAAUAAACUUCAGACUGAUAACCACGGUAACUUCAUCAUGAGCAACGUAACCGUACUGGAUGGAGGUUUCGCGACGCAGCUGUCGGUGCACGUUGGCAAAGGUAUCGACGGUGAUCCACUGUGGAGUGCACGGUUCAAUGCAACCGAUCCGAAUGCCGUGUUCAAAACCCAUCUGGACUUUCUGGAGGCAGGCGCUGAAGCCAUCAUGACCAACACCUACCAGGCCAGCAUCGAAGGAUACGUGGAGUAUUUGAAUCUGAAUGAGGAUACGAGCCUCAACCUGAUCAAGUCGACCGUUCGAGUGGCACAGAUGGCUCGCAACCACUUCCUGGCGAAGGCUUCCGCUGACGAAAGAAAAACUAUUCCCCUGCUGGUGGCUUCGAUUGGUCCGUAUGGGGCGCAUUUGCACGAUGGAUCCGAGUACACGGGACGUUACUCAACCGAGGUGUCUAUGGAUACGAUUCAGAAGUGGCAUCGUCCGCGUAUUGAUGCGUGCCUGGAGGCGGGCGUCGAUGUGCUCGGUAUUGAAACAAUCCCCUGUAAGAUGGAAGCGGAAGCACUGCUGGACAUGAUGUGCGACGAAUAUCCGACGGUUCGGUUCUGGAUUUCGUUCCAGUGCAAGGACAAUCAACACCUAGCCAAUGGGGAGCUGUUUAGCGAAACGGUCAACUCCCUGUGGGCAAAGGCUAGAUUGAGACGUAACAUGAACCUGGUAGCGCUCGGUGUGAACUGUGUUCAUCCGCAGAUCGUAACACCUCUGUUCCGAAGCGUCAACGAGAAGAAACUGCCCGAAUCCCGCAUUCCCCUCAUCGUGUAUCCUAACUCUGGUGAAGUCUAUACCGUGGAGGAUGGCUGGCAGGGCAGGGAGGACUGUGUCCCACUGGAACAUUACGUGCCGCAGUGGAUGGACCUGGGUGCACGAUUUAUUGGCGGAUGCUGCCGGACGUACGCACGCGAUAUCAAGCGCAUCAAACAAACUGUGAUCAAUCACGCCAACAGCAAUCAUUGCCAUUGAAUCACUGAACCUCCCCUCGCAAAUCAGCCAACAAGCAACUACGUGAACAUUAACGCUUACCAUGACCCAGUUGUUCUGUUGUUGGCGCAAAGUUUAAACGUUUUUACAUGUUUUCAAUCUAUGAUUUAACUGUUUUUUCAUUGUGCGCGUUUAAAAAUGUUGUGUGAUUAAUUAUGUUAACGUGUUUCGUCUUGUAAUGUACGCAGUGCGUGCAUUUUGAUAAUGAAAUAAAUAUGACGAGAAUAU